GCUGAAUCCAGGCCCAGCUGCUCUGGGACACCUGCCCAGGCCUCUCCCCGCCUCCCCCCGCUCCCCGCUCCUGUCUCUGUCACUCACAGGCAGGGCCAGGCUGGGGCAGCCAUGGCAGCAGUGCUAAUCUGGAUUUCUCUCCUUGUGGGUCUCCUGGAAGGGUUGGGGGGCACCGAGGCCCAGCAGACCACCCUGCAUCCACUUGUGGGCCGCGUCUUUGUACAUACCCUGGACCACGAAAGCUUCCCGCACCUUCCUGAGCACGUCUUCCCUGUCCCAGCCCCCGUCCCUAUCACCUACCACGCCCACCUCCAGGGACACCCAGACCUGCCUCGGUGGCUCCGCUACACCCAGCGAAGCCCCUACCAGCCUGGCUUCCUCUAUGGCACUGCCACCCCAGAAGAUCGUGGACGCCAGGUCAUUGAGGUCACAGCCUACAAUCGGGACAGCUUCGACACCACCCAGCAGAUGCUGGUGCUGUUGAUUGGGGACCCAGAAGGCCCCCUGCUGCCCUACCAGGCUGAGUUCCUGGUACGCAGCCAUGAUGUGGAGGAAGUGCUGCCCUCGACACCUGCCAGCCGUUUCCUCACAGCCUUGGGGGGGCUCUGGGAGCCAGGGGAACUCCAGCUGCUCAACAUCACCUCUGCCUUGGACCGUGGGGGCCGAGUCCCCCUUCCUAUUGAGGGCCGCAAGGAAGGGGUAUACAUCAAGGUGGGCUCUGCUUCACCCUUCUCCACCUGCCUGAAGAUGGUGGCAUCCCCCGACAGCCACGCGCGCUGUGCCCAGGGCCAGCCUCCACUACUGUCCUGCUAUGACACCUUGGCACCUCACUUCCGGGUCGACUGGUGCAAUGUGUCCUUGGUGGACAAGUCAGUGCCAGAGCCUGCAGACGAGGUACCGGCCCCAGGUGAUGGGAUCCUGGAGCACGACCCGUUCUUCUGCCCACCCACCGAGGCCACAGCCCGAGACUUCCUGACCGACUUCCUCGUCACCCUCCUGGUGCCCCUUCUGGUGGCCCUGCUGCUGACCCUGCUGCUGGCCUACGUCAUGUGCUGCCGGCGGGAGGGACGGCUGAAGAGAGACCUGGCCACCUCUGACAUCCAGAUGGUCCACCAUUGUACCAUCCGUGGGAACACAGAGGAGCUGCGACAGAUGGCAUCUAGCCGAGAGGUGCCCAGGCCGCUCUCUACCCUGCCUAUGUUCAAUGUGCGCACAGGCGAGCGGCUGCCCCCGCGAGUGGACAGCGCUCAGGUGCCCCUCAUAUUGGACCAGCACUGAGGGCCGGCCCAGCCCUGGCCUUGUCCUCCCUUCUCUCCCCACUCACAGAGCAGCCAUGACCAAGACCACAUCCUUCAUCCUGACUCCAGUUCUUGGCCCUCUGGACCCC